AUGAGCGGUACAGACAGCGGCGACCAGCUCCCGAGUGAAGACAAGAAACAAUUCAGUAUGCCUCCAGCUAUCUGGCCUGACAGCCCCUUCGCUCCAGACUCUGCCGAAGACACUUUCUGGAAGCACUAUCGCGAAUGCUGGAUUCGUAAUGGCGGUCCUGAGCGCGACUCUGACAUCGGCCUUGCCAGGAGCCCUUUCUUGCGCGGCAGUGUCUUGUGGAAGGCUUUUGACGCCAAACGUGUCGCUUGGUUUCAGAAACGCGGACAACCCGUCUCUUCCCAGACAUCGAAGGACACCAUGGCGGGUUCCAGAGGCCACUCCAAUGCGAGACGCAAAGCUAGUCGGUUGCGCAUGUCUGCCAUGCCAGAGGGCUCGUCGAAAUCGCGCGGACGGCCACUUCCCGUUACUCGGGGAGGAUCAGAGCCUCAUGCCAACCCCAGCAUCGAUCAAAGUGGUCGUACUCCGAACAUGAACACUCCCUCCGUACCGAACGCUCCGAUGUCGAACGCUCUCGUCUUGGCAAAGGCUCCCUUGACAGUAAAAGCUCCCGUCAAGACAGACGCCGCCAUGCCGGACGUCUCUACGUCAGACGUCGCCAUUCCAGACGCUCCCGUCAUGCCAAACGCCCUCGUUUGUCAAGCCAAACCCCAGCCAAGCAACGAUGCCAACGCCGUCAGCGACAAGAGUUUGGUAAUCCGCCCUAAAGGUGCUCCCCAGGAAUGCGAGAGAGAGAUCCAUGGCAAACCCGUUCCUCGCGGACUCUGCAGAGCCUUCCACCUCGGAGGUAGCUGCAGGCACAGGCCAGAAUGUCCUUAUACCCACAAGCUCAGCCCUUCGAUGCGCGCAAUGUUGCAGGCAUGCAAUGAGAACUUCUUGAAGUUGUCAGACACGAACCAGUGGAAAAUUGCUGAGGCCCAACGUCAGCGUCAACUGCUCAAGGGUCGCCUUCAGAAGUCCGUUUCUGGAGCGGUGCAGCAGAAGAAGCCGGCUACUGGAGCCUCUGCGGCUUCUGCAGGUACUUCGGCUCCUGGAGCUACGGCUUCUGUGCGUACUAUGGCUUCCGUACGUAUUAUGACUCAUAAGCGUACCGUGACUACUACAGGCAGUGCAGCUUCAAGAGGCAUUGAAGCUUCUAGAGUUACACGGACAUCUGGAGGUACGGUUGGAGGUACCGCUGGAGGUACCGCUGGGAGUACAGCUGGAAGUGUCACGGCUAGAGGUACUACGGCUGGAGGUACCACGGCUUCUGCUGUCACUGCGGCCCCGGGAAAGACUAUGACUUCUGCAGGUACUGUCACUUCCUCGGGCACAUCAGCAUCUGCGCGUACUGAGCCUUUUGUGCGCACUAUUCGUCCUCGUAUGACGGCGUCUGAACUCAUUGAAUCUCUCGACAAAGCUGCGGCUUCUGCAAGUACCGCUACUUCUGCAGACACUCCUGCAGCUGGUACUGGAGCUUCAGUGCAUACCGUUGCUCCCGCUCAGGCCGCGACUUCAGUGCGUACAGUUGCUCCUCGUGCCCCGGGUUUUGCGCGUACCGUUUCUCCCAACCACGCCGCAACUCCUGCGCGCACUGUCGGCCCCGCUCGUACUGCAGGUCCUACUCGUCCUGCCCCCAUUGCGACCUCGGCAAGCAAUGGGCGUCAAGGUGGCGUGAAUUGUCUCAGAUUGGACAAGAAAUGGUACAAUAGCAUGGCUAAGGCUUACCCCAAGGACAAGGAUUGGAUUGAGGAGCUGGUGCGGUUGCUGGAAAGCGAUCUCAAGAAUCUUUGGUAG